GAGGAGGAGGAGGAGGAGGAGGAGGAGGAGGAGGAAAAGGGCAUUCAUUGCCUUGGUGAUGAGCGCGUGCGUGCACUUUAUGUCCUCUUUCUCACCCUCUCUGGCACUUUCAUUCGCGUCUGUGGUCACCUUGACCUCAAGUCCAUUGGGCUCCUCUGUUGGCUGCUAAUCUUCACGCGCAUUAUUUCCUCCUCUAAAGCCGCUCGUCAAACCGCUCUCUUCGAGGCAUGUUCAGUUUCGAAGCGUGCUGGCCACCACCAGCAGAAACCCUCCAGAAGCACAUUGCCUCGCGAACGGCAGCUGAAGAUUCCAGGUGCGGACAGAACGCCAAAGGUUACGCUUAUGGACUCUGAUUCCGACUUUGAGCUGCUGUUUCGCAUUAUGCGUCCCUUCAUGGCCAGAAAGUGCCUCGCGAUGGAUAUUGUCAGCGGACAGUUGCCCUAUAUCAACCCCAAACUUUACGAUCACCGUGGGCUCAAACCGAGCGAGCACAUGGAUCUGCCGGAAUCUAGCACUUACUAUCUUCGGGACCCUGGAAAGCUGAACCUAAUGAAGGGCGCGACCAGGCAGGGCAAGUUUUGCUUACUUUAA